AAUAUUAUGGAGAGUCAGACGAAUAUAAAGAAGGCAAAAGUCAUUUCGGCUCACAAGCUGAAAAUAAUCCUUGAAAGGCCAGCUACUCCUCUUAGCAAUUUGCGUUUAGGGAAAGAAUCUUCCGUACACGCGCAAGGAAUCCCUGAGGAGCAAACGUGAUUCCCUUUAAUUGUUUAUAUCUCAUUGGUAAGGUCUACAUUCAAUAUGCUGGGAGCUUGUGUAUCCAGAUGGGGCCUUACUGGCUUACCCCUGCGUCUUUUAAACAAUAAAAAUUGCUGCCCCAGUACUCAACUGUAUUUAUCUCAAGCAAAUUAUUCCCCUAACAAAUGCAAAGAUGUGGAGUAUAAACCUAUCCGAUCAGUUCUGGUUGCUAAUAGAGGUGAAAUUGCUAUCAGAGUAUUUCGUGCUUGUAGCGAAUUGGGCAUUCGCUCUGUAGCCAUCUAUUCAGAGCAAGACAAAAUGCAAGUGCACAGACAAAAGGCAGAUGAAUCUUACUUGGUUGGCAAAGGUUUGCCUCCUGUUGCAGCCUACUUGUCCAUUCCCGAGAUUAUCCGUGUUGCUAAGGAAAAUCGCGUCGACGCCAUUCAUCCGGGCUACGGUUUCCUCUCCGAGCGAGCUGAUUUCGCGCAAGCCUGUGUUGAUAGCGGUAUCCGUUUUAUUGGUCCGUCUCCUCGCGUUGUCCACCAAAUGGGUGAUAAAGUGGCUGCUAGGCAGGCUGCUAUUGAAGCGAAUGUUCCUAUUGUCCCUGGAACACCUGGGCCAGUGACAACGACUGAGGAAGCGGUAAACUUUUGCCGGGAAUACGGUCUUCCCGUCAUUUUCAAAGCUGCGUAUGGUGGCGGUGGCCGGGGUAUGCGUGUCGUCCGAAAAAUGGAAGAGGUGGAAGAACUUUUCCGACGUGCAACCUCCGAAGCACUAGCAGCUUUUGGCAAUGGUGCCAUGUUUAUCGAAAAAUUUGUCGAGAGACCAAGGCACAUUGAAGUGCAAAUUCUCGGUGAUCGUGCUGGAAACGUUGUUCACCUUUACGAGCGCGAUUGCUCAGUCCAGCGACGGCAUCAAAAGGUGGUUGAAAUCGCCCCAGCACCCAAUCUUAACCAAGAAGUUCGCGAUCGCAUGACCACCGAUGCCGUCAGACUUUGUAAUCACGUCGGUUAUGAGAAUGCCGGCACCGUCGAAUUUCUGGUGGAUGAAGCAGGUCGCCAUUAUUUCAUUGAGGUUAACGCCCGUUUGCAGGUAGAGCAUACCGUAACUGAAGAAGUGACGGGUAUCGACCUUGUUCAACAUCAAGUCAAAAUUGCUGAAGGUCUAACUCUACCAGAAUUAGGAUUGGAUCAAAGUCAAAUUAAAAUCCAGGGCAGUGCGAUUCAGUGUCGCAUGACGACAGAAGACCCAGCUAAAAACUUCCAGCCGGAUACUGGCCGUAUCGAAGUCUUUAGAAGCGGAGAGGGCAUGGGCAUUCGUUUGGAUAGUGCAUCAGCUUUUGCUGGCGCCAUUAUCUCUCCCUAUUAUGAUUCGUUGCUCGUCAAAGUCAUUGCUCAUGCUGGAAAUUUGCCGGCUUCAGCCGCCAAAAUGGUCCGUGCGCUAAGAGAAUUCCGCGUUCGCGGUGUCAAGACUAAUAUACCAUUCCUUCUCAACGUGUUGGAGAACCAAAAAUUUCUAACGGGCACAUUGGACACCUACUUUAUUGACGAACAUCCGGAGCUUUUCCAGUUUGUACCGUCCCAAAACCGCGCACAAAAGUUGCUCAACUAUGUCGGUGACGUUCUGGUCAAUGGGCCGCUCACUCCGCUGGGCACCGAUCUCAAACCGGCGGAUGUAGUCCCGCUAGUUCCACAAGUUGAUUUAUCCCAAAGACUUACCGGAUUCCGUGACAUUCUUACCGAACAAGGUCCGGAAGCAUUCGCAAAGGCCGUCCGCAACCACAAGGGUUUAUUGCUAAUGGACACAACGUUCCGCGAUGCCCAUCAGUCGCUUCUUGCCACCCGAGUUCGCACACACGAUCUUCUGAAAAUUUCACCGUUUGUGGCGCAGAAUUUCUCGUCGCUUUACAGUCUGGAGAAUUGGGGUGGCGCCACGUUUGAUGUAGCCAUGCGAUUCCUUCACGAAUGCCCGUGGGAACGAUUGGAGGAAAUGAGGCGUAUCAUGCCAAAUAUUCCAUUCCAAAUGCUAUUGCGUGGAGCCAAUGCCGUCGGGUAUACUAGUUACCCAGACAACGUGGUUUAUAAAUUUUGCGAACUAGCCGUCCAGACAGGGAUGGAUAUCUUCCGCGUUUUCGAUUCUCUUAAUUACCUGCCCAACAUGAUUUUGGGCAUUGAUGCUGUGGGCAAGGCCGGUGGUGUUGUUGAGGCGGCAAUUUCUUAUUCCGGUGAUGUCUCCGAUCCGUCACGAACCAAGUAUACCCUUCCCUAUUACCUGGAUCUUGCUGACGAGCUAGUCAAAGCUGGCACGCACGUACUCUGCAUCAAAGAUAUGGCUGGACUCUUGAAACCUCGAGCAGCCACGAUGCUCAUCGAUGGAAUCCGCCAACGCCAUCCAGACAUUCCGAUUCACGUCCACACUCACGACACGUCUGGAGCUGGAGUCGCGUCUAUGCUGGCCGCCGCGCAUGCUGGAGCUGAUGUUGUGGAUGUAGCUGUCGAUUCCAUGUCUGGCAUGACUAGCCAACCGUCUAUGGGCGCUGUUGUGGCCAGCCUUCAGGGCUCGGAAUUGGACACGGGUCUUUCCCUAGAGUCUGUCAGCGACUACUCGGCUUAUUGGGAACAAACACGUACAUUGUACGCUCCGUUUGAAUGCUGCGUUACCAUGAAAUCGGGCAACGCCGAUGUCUAUCUCAACGAAAUUCCAGGCGGCCAGUACACCAACUUGCAAUUCCAGGCCUAUUCACUCGGACUGGGCAAUCAAUUUGAGGAUAUCAAGAAAGCUUACAGAGAGGCUAAUCUCCUUCUAGGUGACAUCAUUAAAGUCACACCGUCCAGCAAAACGGUCGGAGACUUGGCCCAGUUUAUGGUUCAGAAUAAACUCUCUGGACAGGACGUCCUUGAUCGUGCUGAAGAAUUGAGUUUCCCCAAAUCGGUCGUCGAAUUCAUGCAGGGAUAUUUGGGCAUUCCGUACGGAGGAUUUCCGGAACCACUUCGUACUCGAGUUCUUAAGGGAAUGAAGAAAGUAGAGGGUCGUCCUGGAGCCACAAUGGCGCCUUUGGAUCUGGACAAGCUCAAGUCCGACUUAAUUGAAGCUCAUGGCAACCAGAUUCGUGACGUUGACGUCAUGUCAGCUGCAAUGUAUCCUUCAGUUUGCAAAGAAUACCUCGAGUUCCGCUCGAAAUAUGGUCCAGUCGACAAGUUCGCCACCCGUAUCUUCUUAACCGGUCCCAAAGUAGGCGAAGAAUUUGAAGUAACAAUCGAGAAAGGCAAAACGUUGCACAUCAAGACUCUAGCAAUGGCCGAGGAUCUGACUCGAACUGGUGAUCGCGAAGUUUUCUUUGAGCUCAACGGUCAGUUGAGGUCGGUCUUCAUCCGUGAUAAAACUGCUGCCAAAGAGUUGCAUAUCCAUCCUAAAGCGGAAAAGGGCGUCAAAGGCUCGGUCGGAGCCCCUAUGCCUGGCACUGUGAUCGAUCUCAGAGUGAAAGCGGGUGAUAAAGUAGAAAAGGGACAGCCAUUGGUCGUUCUCUCAGCCAUGAAAAUGGAAAUGGUCGUCCAAUCCCCUUGCACAGGAACCGUGAAAUCGGUGGCCAUCACCAAAGAUAUGAAGCUUGAAGGUGAUGACUUGCUCUUGAACAUCGAAGAAUCCAAGUGAACCACUUUCACUCCGUCGAAACCAAAUAUUGCGCACGUUGUUUUCUUUUGUAGUCAGCAAUGACGUAGCCUUUCAGUGUUGGCUUUUUUUUUUUUUCGAAGGUGAAGGGCGUCAAGGGUCUCAUAAUCAUUUUAUUCGGGCAGUUGUGUGUUGUGUUUUUCCUUCCUUGUCUCUGAAGAAAAAUUUUCUGAAUUGCUUGUUCUCUCUAUCAAGCUGUUCGGCCCGUGGACGCCGCAUUGUCUUCCUAAAACUCUUGAUUCAUUUCAAUUUUUAAGUUAGCUUAGCCUUUACUUUUUGCUUUUCGCUAACUACGUGUUGAUUUGGCUAUCUCGUUAUGGAAAUAGCCCUUGUCAUUUUGCUGACUAGUAUGUCAAUUGUGUUGGGAUACGAUUCCAUUAUCGAUUUUCUUGAUUUGGUUUUGCAAAUGACAUGUCUAUUGUCUUGUUAUUUGAAAUAUAAUAGAUGACUUGUGUUCAGUGCUUGAAACCA